AUGGAGCUGUGGUUUUGGGUUCUCAGCUUGUUUCUUUGCAUCCUCACGAUAGUUGGAAAUGGAUUUGUCAUCUUCCUCGUCUGCAGAAAACGUCAGCUUCGCACCGAAACCAACACAUUCAUUGUAUCCUUAGCAGUGGCUGAUUCGGCUGUGGGAAUGAUUGCUGCUCCUUCGUAUUUUCUCUGUAACAUGAUAAAUGAGUGCAUCUCCGAUAAAAAAGCAAGCUCAUUCGUGAUAAAUGUAUGGGUGUUCAUACUUUACGCUUCUGGAACAAACUUGUUUAGCUUAGUUCUGGAACGCUAUAUCGCCGUCGUGAAACCGUUGAAAUACAUAACUUUUAUGACUAGCCGCCGAGUCAUUCAGAUGGUUCUUACAUCUUGGGCAAUUCCUUUUCUUUUCGCUAUUAUUUCAUUUGCGAUGAGACUGAAUUCAUUCCAU